AUGGCCACGACCAUGAGUCGUCCCCGCGUAUCGAGCGGGGACGAGAUCCAGGGCUCGACCCUGCUGGCGCUGUUCGCGGCGCUUGUGGCUCUCAACGCCCUCGUCGCACCGCACCUCGCGGGGUGCCCCAUCGGCGACGGCGGGUCCGGGGCGAAGGGAACGGGGGGCACGUGCGCGGCGACGGACGCGUCCAUCGGCGGCAGUCGCGACGUCGCCGUCUUCGCCGCCGCCAUGUUCGUCGCGGCGACCGCCUUCGCGCUGGUGAACGCGGCGAUGACCGCGUCGCCCGAUCGAUCGAGGCACUUUCAGUCGGCAGCGUACGUCAACGCCUGCGCGGCGUUCGCGCACCUGCAGAUGGUCCGGGGCGAGAACUGGCACGUGUCCUCCGCCGACGGGUUCAGCAUAUCGGGCUUGAGGCUGCUGGAGUGGCUGUUCGGCACCCCGGUCAUGAUCGUCCUGGCCAAACAGCUGUACGCGCUGAGCAGGGAACCCCCGGUGGACUACGUCAGCGCCGCGGUCAAGUUGUUCGAGAGGGACAGGGGCGCGGACGGCGUGUACAUACCCCCGCCGUCGAUCCGGCUGGUCCAGGCGGACGUUCUCAUGCUCGUGUGCGGGUGCUUCAUCGCUAACCUCGCGCCGGCGCCGCCCGCGGUGAGAAACGGCGCGCUCUUUGUCGGCGUCGCAACCUUUGGUUACGUGAUUUCGCACCUGUCCCGGUGCCUCGCCGGCUCGGCGGUGUACAGCGCGAUCGCGGGGGUGCGAAAGGACGCCAAGUUCGGAUACGCGCUCGCGGUGUUUAACGUCGUGUCGUGGUGCGUGUUCCCGACCGCGUAUUUUCUGCACGUCUCCGGACGUAUCGACGCGGCGCGGCUCGACCUCGGGUACGCCAUCGGGGACGCGUUCGCAAAGUUCAGCUGCACGAUGCUGUACGUCACGGGCUGCGGGCGGAUCAUGGACCUGGCGGAAGACGAAGCGGCGCAGCGAACCGACGCGCAGGUUGCCGAACAGCGGGAGUACAUCAGGGCGGUGUGCGCCGAGCUCAAGGCGCCCCUGGACGCCAUAGUCGGGUACGGACAGAUGAGCGCCGACUACGACGAGAACGGCGAAAAGACGCCCUCGCAGGUUCGCAGGUUCCAGAGGGCCAUCCUGACCAGCGCGGAGUCCAUGAGGGAGCUGGUGAGCCAGGCGGCGCAGUACAGCAAGGUACACGGGGAGAUACACGCGCGCGGCAGGAUGAUGACGGGCAAAGAGGGCGAGGAUGUGGGUUUACCGCGGGUGGCGUGGCGGAAGGAAGGCGGCGACUCUCGAGCGUUUCCGCUGCCGCCGAUGCUUCCAACCCCCGGUCGAAGGUUCAGCCGCGUCAGCCGCGAGUCCUUCGACGGGGACGACGAAACGGACCCCCCGAGCAGCGUCUUCACGUUGGGUAAGCUCCAGGAUCUGGUGGUCAAGGCGGCGAACAUCCCGGUCGGGUUCGAGCUCACGUGCGAGAUCUCGCCCCCGGCCGCCACGCACACCGAGCACUUUCGAGCCAACACCCGGCUGCUUCGACAAGCCCUCGCGACGCUCUGCGAAACCGCCGCGGCGCAGCCCUCCGUCGUUCGCAGGGCGGGCGGCGUCGAGGCUGCUCGGGCGAGGGGCGCGCCGCCGUGCGUGAGGCUGAGCGCGAGCUUGGGCGCGACGAGGAAGAUGGAGAUUGCGCCCGUCAUCGACCCCAACGACGAGUCCCGCGACGAAAGCCUUGAAACGUCGGACCUGCCCGAGUGGACGGACGCGACGUUCACCGCGUCUUUGAUCCUGGACCGUCGCGUCGGUUCGCAUCCGAGCGACGCCUCCAACUCGGGAAACCCCCACUCACUCGGCGUCGGCGUCACCCCCGAGGAGCUCGCCAAGCGGCGCAGGCUGGAUCUGUCCACGACGGUGGCCAAGACGGUGGUGACGGCGAUGGGCGGUUCGUUGAUUCGGCGCCAGUCCGACUCCAUGUCCGGAGACGCGUCCGGCGAUCAGUUCUCGUUCACGGUGCCGCUGCUUCGAACGUCGCGUGACGAGAGCGAGUGCGACUUCGUGCCCGUCAUGCCGCUUCCCCCUGGGCGAACGGUUGGGGCGGUGCUCCUUCGUGCGCGAGGCGCGGUGGGAGCCGGCGCCAUGUCCGCCAACCACGUCGAACACGUCGCGUCGUCGUUGAUUUCGUACGGGGCGAAAGUAGACAAAUGCGAACACGAAUCGGACGCGGCGUCGCAGCUGUCGGAGUUCGCUUCAACCGAUGACGUCUACCCGGUGCUGGUCAUGGCCGCGGACGACGAGGGGGACGACGAGAACUCGUGGCGUCACGAGCGCCUCCUCGCCGCCGCCGGCGCGCGGGGGUCCGUCGUCUUGUUCUCCUCGGACGCGAGCGACGACGUCGGGUCAGACCCGAAACCGUCACGUCACAGGCGUUACGCCAACGACUCCAACGUCGUCGUCGUCGCCAGGAACGCGACGGGCGAGGAGGUGCACGAGGCACUGUGCGGUGUCCUCGCGCACGUCGCCGCGAACGAUGCGAACCCCACGGCGGCGGAGCCGUCGAAUCAAGCCACCCCGAGCGAAGACGUCUCCAACCCCACAAACGACGAGGAGAGGCGGAGGGAAAAGUUCGACCACUCCGCGUCCGGCGCGUGGUUCAAGGAGCUCGGCGAGAGCGAGCACCUGACACGCGCCAACUCCGAACACAGGAAGUCGCGCGCCAGUCACGACGCCGACGAGGAUCCGUACGCGUUUCACGGGAGCCCGAGCCCGCAAAAACGGUUGGUGGACGAGAGCUCGCAAAAAAACGACGCCAUCCCGGAACGAACCGUCGCCAAACCCGAACCGGCGUCGACGGCGAGCAAGGUCAAGCACGGCUUCAAGGACGACGAACUCGACGGUCUCGACGUCCUGGUGGUGGAGGAUAACCACUUCCAACUUCGCAUCGUCAAGGCUACGCUUCAGCGCAGCGGCGUCACGCUGGACGUGGCGCUGCACGGCGCCGAGGCUGUGGCGCACGUGCGACGGAGGGUGGACGCGGGCGGGAAGCUGUACGACCUGAUACUGAUGGACUCCAUGAUGCCGGUGAUGGAUGGGGCGACGGCGACGCGGGAGAUUCGCGCGAUGGAGAGCGCGUACCGGUCGUCAAAGACGGGCGACGAGCUCCGCGACGCCGGCAACGCGCAGCCCAUGAUCAUCGUCGGGCUCUCCGCCGAGGGCGGUCCCGGGUACGAGCAGGAGUCCAGGGACGCGGGCAUGGACGGGACGCUGGGUAAGCCAUGCAGGCCGGAGACGAUGAGGAAGACGCUGAAGGAGGUGCACAGGGGGGAGUGGAAGAGGGGGACGUUCCAGAGCGCGUCCAAGCGAGCGAGCCUUCACUUUUGA